AUGUCCUCCCAGUUUCUGCAGGCAGAGCUCCUGAGCCUCAUUCAGGAGUCCAAGAGAAAGAAUGCGGACCUGCGAAGUGCGGCCGAAGAGUCUCUCAAUGAGCUGAAAGCACUACCCUCAACUUCUGAGUUGCAAAUAUCUGCCGAUUUGGCUCGCAAACCCAAGUUUGUCGACCCAUUCAUUCUUGCCUGCCAUACUCGCCAUGCAAAGCUUGCUGGAAUUGGCGUUGUUUGUCUCCAAAGACUAGUGGCCUCUCGGGCGCUGCCGUCCGAGAGGCUCAAAGAUGUCUUGGCCGGUCUGAAAGAAACGACAAGUUUGAGCUUGGAUAUUCAACUCAAGAUAUUGCAGUCUUUGCCGUCACUCUUGCAGCACUACUCCAACGACCUAGGUGGUGAGCUUCUUGUGAGUACGUUGGAGAUAUGUGCCACCCUGCAAGCAAGCAAGACGGUCGCCCUUUCCAGCACGGCGGCGGCAACUCUGCAACAACUAAUUGUCUCAACUUUCGAAAGAGUGCUUGUGGAAGAUAUUAAAGUUGAAGGGAGCUCUUUACAAAUCGGAUAUUUUGCCUAUGACGCCCUGCGUGUUUUGGAUGACCUCUGCCGCCUUGUGGAUGGCGAGCAACUGCGCUUCUUGCGAAUCAAAUCGUUGUCGCCGACUUUUACGCUGGAACUCAUUGAAAGUGUCCUGAUAAAUAGUGGGCGGCUCUUCGUCGGUCAUGCUGAACUGACACAAGUCCUGCGUACGCGGCUCAUGCCAAUGAUUGUGAGGUACCUGUCUGAAAGGCACACCUUUGCUCAAACCAUCAGAGUGGCCCGGAUCCUCCUUGUGCUCCUUAAACGGCACAUGUCUCUUCUUCCUGCUGAGUGUGAGAUGGCUUUGGUUCUGCUGACACAUCUCCUCGAGCCCGAUGGGACGUCACCUUGGAAACGAGUCCUUUGCAUGGAAGUAUUCCGGGGUAUAUACGCAGAGCCCGGCCUCGUUAGACUCAUCUAUUCUUUAUAUGAUGGAGUUGACGGUAGGAAAAAUAUACUCAAGGACCAUAUGGCGUCUCUUGUCCGUCUUGCUUCCGAGAAGCCAUCUUUGAUUGGUGUCAGUAACCGGUCAACGGUCCCUGUGCGGGCCGAGCACUCCAGGUCAAUCACUGAAGAACAAAUAACACUAGAGGCCGGUGGAGUUGCCGGUGUGAUAGGAACCACCGUUUCAUCUUCCGAUAGCAAUGUUCCGGGGAUCAGCAGUCAAUGGAGUGUAGUCCGCACUCCGUACAUGGAAUUGCUUGACAAAACAGACCCGCCAUUGCCUCCGGAUACCUACAUAUACAGUCUUGUGCUGAACUGCAUUGGCAAUUUCGCCGAAGGUCUCGCAAAGUUCAUCCUUCCUUUAACUGUCCCUGAUCUCAAACAGAGACGGAAAAAUCGCAUUGCCGGUCCCGACCACGACAGUGAAAUUCCAAGGCCUUCCCAAGACCUCCAAAGAACGAAUUCCUCCAGGAGUUCUCAUGCGAAAAAGACCUCAGUGCCGCUAAACCCGCUACAACUGGAAUCCCACCCACAAUUAGCCGCAGUCAAAAUUUGUGCCGGAGUUAUCGAAAACUGCUGGCCUGCUAUUCUUGCAGCGUGCUCAACUUUUCUGCAGCCAUGCCGUCAGAUGCUAGUGGCGUCAAAUCGAUGGCUCCUACUCCUUCAAUCCAGCAAGGCUAUCCCUCUGAUGAGAGACGAAAAGGCGUGGAAGGGUCAAGUACUUCACUGGUCCCUGAGGCCUCUAGCCAAUCUUCAGAUAUCCCCAUCUCUGUCACUGAGCACUCGGAAUCUCCUAUGUCUUCGAGCUCUGCUUAACUUGGGCAUUGCUCUUGGUCCGACUUUGGACCAGCCGGCCUGGUCCAUUAUACUAGGCACGCUUCAGGAUACGGAUUUGUUGAUUGGCACCUCCGCCACAAAGCCAAAUAUCACUCUCAGUAACUCCAGCGAAGCUCUAUCUGGAACUGGCUCUGAAAACCUCAAAGCGAACUUGGGAAAUGAAAUCAUGGCUGUCCAGGCUGCUUCCGCCAAAAUGUUCGAAAGUACAAGCGAUUACCCAAGCGACUCAUUCGAAGAACUUCUCCUUGCACUUUUUGGCUUAUCUGGAACCACCGAAUCUUCAUCGCAUGAGUCACCAGAGAAGGCGACAAGUAGUCAUCGCUCUGGCCGUAUGAGGAAUAACACCCGGCGUGUCUCCCUUGCAAUGGGCAAAACAAAGGUGCAAGAAGAGGAGAUGAAGUUUGUCUUGGAGAAAGCAAAUGAGGUCGCAAGUGCGAACUUGGGAAGGCUAGCAUCUCUAGCGGAAAGUGACCAACGGGCUUGGGAACUUUUCACUGACAUGCUCAUCCUGAGUGCAGCUAAUGGCGAAGUCGAUCAAAGUUUGCGUUUACGAGCCAACGAAGUCCUUAACCAGCUCAUAUUCCAGACAAUGAAACAGUUGGAGAGUGAUGAUGAUGAUGGUACGCGCAACACGCGACAGAUGCGGAACCUUGAGGCUCUGAAACGACAGAUCACACAGCUCUACGAUCUGAAUUCCUGCCAUCUAGGAUCACCUUCUUCCCUAGUCGUGGAAAUACACGAACAGAGUCUCGAAACGUUACGAAGCAUUCUGGAGCAAUAUGCAGAGACUUUCGUUGACGGAUGGACACUUGCAUUCGACCUCAUUUCUACCGUGUUCGGGGACUCUGCGCAGAAGGGCGGAACGGACAAUGCCUCGAAGGGGCAUAAAUCUGUCUUAGCAGAUUCUCAUCGUCUCAUUCGAGUUUCAUACAAGUCCCUACAGCUUAUAGCCUCUGAUUUUAUCUCCAUGCUGCCGUCCCCGUGUCAUAUGAAAUUGGUGGAUUCGUUUUCAAAAUUUGCUUUGCAGCAGCAGGAUUUCAAUAUCUCCCUCACUACGACCUCCUCGUUUUGGAACGUGUCAGAUUUUCUGCAGAGCCAGAUUGAGCGGUUCUCUGUUGACACCUACGUUGAUUCAUCAGUCAGCGAGGAUACGCUUACAAAAUUGGCUGUGGAUGAUGAUCCAUUGACAUCUCGAAACUCACUCUGGCUCUUGCUCUUACUGAGGAUCGUAGAUGUCACAACGGAUAACAGGUCAGAGAUCAGAAAUUGCGCUGUGCAUACCCUACUGCGCAUUUUUGAUGCUUACGGUCAACAACUUACUCCGAAGGCAUGGCAAUUAUGUCUCAACCGUGUCUUGUUUCGGAUGAUGGAAGAGAUCGCAGCCGAACUCAAGGCUACACAAAAUCCAGAUGAACUCAAGUCAUGGAUAGAGACGACCGUGGUUACAGUCAAAGGGACUUCUGAUCUAAUCACGAACUUUUUCGAAACGAUCACGCAGGAUGGCGAGUUCGAGCAGUCUUGGAAACGGUUGCUGGACCACUUUCAACAGCUGAUUGAAUCGCGACAUCUGGAGCUUUUUGAGGCUGUUUUUGCUAGCCUAUCUAAUGCUCUUCUCCGAGUCCAAACUCCGAUUGGCUCCAGCAAAUUGCCUCUGCAAUGCGCAUGGUCGUUGUGGAUCAAUGGCCAUCCUGCUGAUAGGGAAGACCUCUUGGACUUGGACCGCCCCAACCAAGAUGCUGCAGUGGCAUACUUGAAUGCUUUCCAGCAAAUUUACCGGCUCUACAAAGAUGAUCUGACUGGAGAUGAUGUUGGAAAGGUUCUUGAGCAUCUGCGGCUUCUUCUGUGGAACUCCAUCUCUCAACGGUACACUUUGGAUAUUGACCGGCCAUCGGAUCUGCAGAAACUGGUCAUCGAUUGCAUGAAGACUGUUUGCUUGGAUAAGGAUGAUGCACAGGCAGACAUCCUUACUUGUCUGGCUGACUAUGUCGAUUCACCUCUAACGAAAUGGUCAUCUGGAAACGACUCGAGGAAGCCAACAUAUGUUGCUUUCUCGAAGAGUGCCAUCGACCUCCUCAGCUGGUAUAUCACUGAGUUUGGGAUCAAAAGGGAUGUGUUCUCAAAUGGCUCUCUCACGACUGUUCUGGAGCAUCUCACAAACCCUAUAUCUCAAAGGUACGAGUGGCCAGGCAAGGAUCGCGAGCCCAACAUAUGGCGCAAAUCAACGACAGCGUCUCUAGAUAUCCUCCAGGUGGCGAUUCCGUACGUUGAGAAGCAAUACGAGAAGUCCAGCGAGGCAGAAAUCGCACGGUUUUGGACCUGCGUUGUUGACAUCACAAAUGCCAUUGCUUCUGCUCGGGGUUACCGAACAGUUGCAAUUCCCAAAGCAACCAUUCUGGCGGACGAGACCUUUGACGUUGCAGCUUUCCACAGACUGAAGGCGCUGAUCAUACCGGCCCUUGGUGCGUCCAGCAUUCCGAACCACAUUCGCCGGAGUUUCGCAUGUGCCCUCCUACGCUCGUCGUUCAUCUACCUCCCACAACGGUCUGAGAUCCCCGGAAAGGCAAUAGAAGAUGAACCUCUCCAAGGGCUUUACGAUGUUCGUCGGGGAAGAACGUUUGAUCCCCCAGCAACCUCGCGCGUCAAGAUGGCUUACGCUGUGAUCGACACAUUGUUCGAACUCGCAUCGGCUCCAUCUACUAGGACUGUUGAACAAUGCAACGGUGCUGGGUUGGAAACCAAUGCAGCGGCAUAUGUUUCCCUAGCGCAGUCAAUCUCGCCCUACGUGAUCCUCCGAUGUGCCGUAUCUCUAAAGGGAUACAUAGCCGACCAGCCUCUGCGCGGGCUGAUGCCACAACCCGCUCCAGCACGUCGAGCGCUCCUGCACCUUAUCCGGGGCAUGGUCAAUCUGCAGAGCGAGCCGUCAGCUAUCCCACCUCCACCGAUGAUGCGGGCUGUCACCAAGCCGUCCAAAGGUGCAGUCGAGGAUGGCCAUAAGAAACAUCUCGAGUGGAUUUACCCGCUUGUGGUGCAGGCUGUACAGGUGGCUGGGAAGGAACGCGACGACGGGGAAGUGCUCCAUGCGCUUGGGAAGGUGCUACACGAAGUGGGGAGGUAUUGA